AAAGGCCAACGACGGCGUCUACACUCCUUGCCUGCCAGCGAGGACCCACAGUAGUGCAGCCAGCGCUUCUGGCAUCAGCCCUCUCGCAGCUUCCCGUCUCCUCCUCGUGCGGUCCAGCCGCGGGGCCCUUCGCGCGGCUUCGGCCUCUGGUCAAGUCAUCUGCCGCUUCUCGCCCCUUGCUCAUCGUGCGUGGCGCCAUCUGCAGCGACGCGUGCAGCACGACCACAGCGACCCCCUUGCUCCACUAGGCGUGAACUACUAACAGCCCUCGGUCCCGCCACCCCUGCAACCAGUGAAAGUGCAGAAGGAAGAAAGAACAAAAAGCUUUGUCAGACUGUUGGGUGCCUCCCGGAGAAGCAGCUUUCAAGAAACUCGAGGCGAAAGGUUCAAAUCCGCUUUGCGACUAUUUUCAACGCUGAAGCAGGGCUCACAUCCAGUCAUCUCAAGACCCAAGCAAAGCAAGCCUCCCUCACCUUUUGUCAACGCCGGUCAAGAACAGCAACUCCUGACAAUGCUGUCCCGCAGUGGCUUCCUCUUGGUGAUUCUACUUCCGCUUGUGGCGAGCGCUGGCGAGGCUCAGGAGCAGCUGCUAAGAAAGGGACUGUACGACAACCACCACCUGACAGAGAUCCUCCCCUCACAUCAACAAGGUUCCCUUCCACCCUCCCUGCUGUUCCACCUUCUUCGCAUUGGCAGCGAACCUGUCCUCAUCACCCCCAACACCAACGCCGACGACAGCGGUAGCAGCGGAGAGGCGGUUGACAGCACGGCACCCAGCAGCAGCAGCAGCAGCAGCGAUGAGGAGGAGGAAGAAAAUACUUCCGAGGAGAUCCUGGUGAAGCGAGUGUUUUGCAAUGCCUUUACAGGUUGCGGCGGUCGUCACCGGGACCGCAACCGCCGCCAGGAGAGGAACGGCAAGCGCUUCAUUCCAGUCUUGGUCAAGCGACCCUUCUGCAACCCCCACGGCUGCUAUAACGGCAAGCGAGCUCAGGCUUCGGCACUGGAGGUACCCCGGGUGGAUCCUCAGAUGCACGCCCGACUGCUGGCCGAGUACCUGGCGUCCGCAAAGCGCGAGAGCGUGGUUUCUCAUGUAUACGGCAAGCGACCGUUCUGUAACGGGUACGGGGGCUGCAGGGGUGGAAAGAGAACUGUCUUUUCUAGCUGGCUCCCCAAACUGCACUCCGUGGCCAUGGGCACGCGAUAACCAGGUAACCAUCCGUAUCCUGAGGGCGACGGGCCGCUGAAGGAGCUGUCCCCUGUGUCAACCUGGAGGAUAAGGGAGCUGUCCCCUGUGUCAACAUCAAACGUAGAUCCAUGACAAAGAUAUUUCACAAUGACUCACAAAUAAUUUCUUUUUUCUUUGUUUCCACGUGGCUGGUUCAUAGCUGCAGUUUUUUUAAUCAAAACAAAGGUGAAGACAAUAUAUUAGAAACUUUGUGUCAGAGGAAGACAAUAUUUUUAUUAUAACAACAGAAUGGAAAAGGCUCGUCAGAAUUUUUCCAAGGUAGAUAUAAUUAAUUUUUUGGGCUCUUUUCUAAUGCCAUCAAGAUAUGAGACGUGGAUUCAAUGGUCAGGGAAGUUAGUUAUUUGUUCGUUUAUUUGAUUAUACUUAUGAGUUGUUUACUCUAGCAACAUGUUACUGUAGGUCUGUCUGACGGAAAUAAAGACAAACUAUACAAAACACA